UUUCUUCCGACGCAGCAGCCACAAUUCCGGAGGCCCCGUCCUAAGUUUCAUCAACAAACGCCUCCGCGCCUUACGCAAGAAAUACAACCGCAUCAUCCAGAUGGAAGAAUCCGUUUCCCAGGGAAAACCUUUGAACAAAGAACAAGAAGAAGUCUUCCGUUCCAAACCCGCCGUCUCUUCCCUCAUCGAUGAACUCGAGAAGCUUCGCCAGCCUCUUUCCGCCGCCGUCUAUGAAGAAAUCUCACUCGCCUUACAGCGUCAAACCAUCUCUCCCGAAGAAACAACCUCGGAAUCCCAGCCGGACAAAACCGAAACCCAAGGACAACAUUCUAACAAUGAGCCCAAUUAUGACAUUGAGGAUCUACUUAAUCUCCUCUAUUUUGGGUUAUUGUUCGAUGUCAAGUAUCAGAAUGAGUUCACCUCGACCAUGCUGACGAGAAUCCACGAGAGAGGCUGUUGCUUGACGUACGAUUACGUGACUGACGACGCUACCGAUCUGCUUAGUGAGAAAGAUUUGGAUUUGAUUGCGACGCUCAGUGGACGGCUGACUUCACGACCUACUGAUGCCUGUUUGUCUCAUAAGAACGCUUUGCAAAGCUGCGUCCAGCAUGCUAAGCUUUGGAUUUCUAACUCCGACCAGCCGAUUGAUCCCAAUGCUGACAUUUCGUAUGCUGGGUUGAGACAGAGGCUUAACAAGAUUAUGUCUUUGGAUUAUUUUACGACCACGCCGGAGAUUAAGGAUCCUGUUGAAGUGGCAGCUGCUGCUGCUGGGACUUAUACUUCUUUCCAGGUGGAAGAUUCAGCUGAGCAUACCAGCCAAAGGAAGACGACUCGUCAAAUCAUCAAGAUGCUGAAACCGGCGACAAUCAAUAUAGUAGUACAGAGGAACUUCAGCAGGAUAAUUUGGAGAGAGAAAUCAUGAAGAGGAUACUACAGUUCGACAAGAACAUGGCAAACCACAGGCAGAAGAUAAUGGAGAAUCCAAGGAGCCACAAUAUGUUCCUCGACGACCAUAUCAGAACCAAAGAGGUGGUCGAGGUACCGGGGGUGGCCGUAGGUCUGGCCGUGGAGGUCGAGGCAAUGGAAGGGGAGGUAUAACCUACCAAAAUGGGCAGAACCAAUAUUAUGAUCAGCCUGGCAACUAUUAUCCUAGGAACCAAUAUAACAACAGGGGCAGAGGCGAGAGGCGGAAGCCAUGCUUACAACAACCAGGGCUCGGCCGUUCAGGUGGUAAUCCCUCGGAUGAUGCUGGUGUUGCCUUGUGACAGCUUUACAGUGUCCGUCGGAUCCAUUUUUCCGGGCUGGUGAUGGAAAUGUAAUUUUUGUGCUUUUUGCAUGAAACAUGGUUUGAAUGUGGGUUGAUGUCGAUAUCGUUUAACUUCAUUUUUGUAGUUCAGUUGAAUAAUGCUAUGUGAAGAAUCUCCUGGGGGAUGAUGAAUGCACAUUCCCCUAUAGAUUUGUCAAUGCAAGGCCGUUUAGCAUUUGGGAUAAAAUUAUGCAA